AUGAUCUCCUUCUUCCCACUUGCUUUCAGCGCCGCUGCUGUGGUAGGACUUGCCACUGCUCUCCCUGGUCAUAUUGUUGGCAAACGUGACCUCACCGCUCGCCAGACCAUCACUUCUAGCCAGACUGGCACUUAUGAUGGUUACUAUUACUCUUUCUGGACUAAUGGUGAUGGUACUGUUGACUACACCAACACUGGUGCUGGCGCAUACAGCGUCAACUGGUCAAACUCUGACGGCGGUGACUUCACUUCCGGAGUCGGCUGGAACCCUGGUAGCGCCCAGGAUGUUACCUUCUCAGCUGACUUCAGCCCCUCCGGAAACGCCUAUCUCUCUGUUUACGGCUGGACCGAGAGCCCCUUAGUUGAAUAUUAUAUUCUUGAGAACUAUGGCGACUACAACCCUGGCUCUGCCAUGACUGAGGUUGGAAGCUUGACUAGCGAUGGUUCCACAUAUACUGUUUAUACCCACACCCAGACCGACCAGCCCUCUAUUGAAGGUACCUCCACCUUUCAGCAGUACUGGUCUAUCCGCUCGGACACCCGUUCCAGCGGAACUGUCACCACUUCCAACCACUUCAACUACUGGGCCAGCAUAGGAUUGGACCUCGGAAGCUUCAACUACCAGAUUCUUUCGACUGAGGGCUACGAGAGCUCCGGCUCCUCCUCCGUCACUGUUUCCUAA